AAGAUUCAAACCAAAAUCACACACAAAACCCAUCUUUGCAAAAUAAAACGAUCAAAUUCAUCAAACUUAGAAUCUAAACAACCAAAAAAAAAAAAAAAAAAAAAAAACACAACAAAUACCAAAACCCCAUUACCAUACAAUUCCCCGACAUCCAACAAAUCCCACCUCCAGAACGCCGUGAUGAGUAGCGCCGGCGUCCACGGCGGAGGACCCUGCGGAGCGUGCAAGUUCUUGAGGAGAAAGUGUGUGAAAGGGUGCAUUUUUGCACCCUAUUUCGACUCGGAACAAGGCGCCGCCCACUUCGCGGCGGUGCACAAGGUGUUUGGAGCUAGCAAUGCCUCCAAACUCCUCCUCCGCAUCCCGGCAAACAAGCGGCUGGACGCCUGUGUUACCCUUUGUUAUGAAGCUCUGGCUAGGGUUCGAGAUCCUGUCUAUGGCUGUGUUGCCCAUAUCUUCUCCCUUCAGCAACAGGUAGUGAACCUGCAGGCAGAGCUAGCAUACAUUCAGGCCAAACUUUCCACAUUGCAGCGGCUACUACCGCCACCGCUACACAGCCCGUCCUCGACUGCUCGCCACAAUCCGCUCCCGGAAACCACCCCUGCCUCCGAUAUGGGUCUGCUGCCUAAUGUUCCAAUGCUCCUCGACCCGCUCCAAACGCAGCUAGGUUGUAAUGAAACGACGAGUAGCUUUCUGAACCCAAUUGAUCAUGAAGAUGAGAUGGAUGAAGAUGGUGAGCUUCAAUGUCUGGCUCGAGAGUUCGUUUCGAGGUAUUUGCCCGGAGUAGGAUUCCGGCCGCCGUGCUCUCAGAUUUGAGAAUCUAAGCUCUUUUGUGGGAUCAACUUUGUUUGAACCCUUUUUUUCCCUUUAUUGGUCUAUUUUGGUCUGAAUCAGAAGUUGGAACUGUUGCUUUUGAAAUGCGACACGUAAUUAUUUUCCCUUUUCGGCAUUUGAGAUUUCAA